AUGUGCUGCUCUGCGGCAGCGAUCAGCACGGGCGAUCAGCACGGAGUGAAGGUCCUGGAGGCAGCAGAGCGUUGGUGGUGUGGGUUAUCGCAGCAGCAGCAGCAGCAGAUUGCUGCUGCUCACUUCUCUUCUGCUGCUGCUGCUGCUGCUGCAAGGGGGGAAGCAGCAGCAGCAGCAGCAGCUGCUGCUGCUGCUGCUGCUGCUGCAGAGGGGAACUGCAGCAGCAACAUCCCCUGCUGCGUCCCCGUUAAGUGGUUCGUUUUGCUGCUGUCUAGACAGGCGCAGACAUACACCCCAAAUCCAGACGUAUUGCUGCAACUGCAACUGCAGCAGACACAGAAACAGCAGCAGCAACAGCAGCAGCUGCAGCAACAGCAGCGGGAAGUUGACGUGCUGCAGCACGGGCUUCAGCAGCAGCAGCAGCAGCAACAGCAACAGCAACAGGACCUGCCGCCUCAUGCUGCAGUUGCUGCUGCUCUGUGGAAAGCCCUAAAGGACAGGCAGCAGCGGGAAGUUGACGUGCUGCAGCACGGGCUUCAGCAGCAGCAGCAGCAGCAGCAGCAGCAACAACAGCAACAGGACCUGCCGCCUCAUGCUGCACAGACACAGAAACAGCAACAGCAACAGCAGCAGCUGCAGCAGCAGCAACGGGAAGUUGACGUGCUGCAGCACGGGCUUCAGCAGCAGCAGCAGCAGCAGCAACAGCAACAGGACCUGCCGCCUCACGCUGCAGUUGCUGCUGCUCUGUGGAAAGCCCUAAAGGACAGGGGGUUUAUAUACCGUGCUCCGCUGCAGCAGCAGCAGCAGCAGCAGCAGCAGCAACAGCAGCAGAACGCACCGCCUAAAGGAGCAGGCGGAGAGGAAGAGGCGGACGUCUGGGAUGUGCAGGAGCAGCAGCAGCAACAGCGCAGCAACAGCAGCAGAACGCACUGCCUAAAGGAGCAGGCGGAGAGGAAGAGGCGGACGUCUGGGAUGUGCAGGAGCAGCAGCAGCAACAGCAACAGCAGCAGCAGCAGCAGCAACAGCAGCCGCAGCAGCAACAGCAGCAGCAACUGCAGCAGCAACAGCAGCAGCAGCAGCAGCAGCAGCAGCAGAGGUUUUCUGCAGCAGCAGCAGCAGCAGCAGCAGCGGCAACAGCAGCAGCAGCAGCAGCAACAGCAGCAGCAGCAGCAGCUGCAACAGCAUGAGCUCCAACAACAGAAGCAGCAGCGCCAGCAGCAGCAGUACCGUCAAUUCGGACGCCAGCAGCAACAACCCCAGCAACACUACCCGCAACAGCAGCAGCAACAGCAACAGCAGCAGCAGCAGCAGCAGCAGCAACAGCAGCAGCAGCAGCAGCGAUCGCCAGGGUUUUCUGCAGCAGCAGCAGCAGCGGCAGCAGCAGCAGCAGCAACAGCAGCAGCAGCAGCAGCAAGAGGUGCGGCAGGAGCAGCUGCAACAGCAUAA